UGGGAGGGGCCGAGGCAGCGGCUCGGCUCCGGGAGCUGCAUGGAGGAGGGGAGUUUCUCUGAGUCCCCUGCUCGGACGGGAGGAGGAGGAAGUCUGGAGAUUAAACCGCUGCUCGGAGCCGGAGCGCACGGACAGAGACGGGCGGCGACUGCGGAGCGCUGCGAGGGAGGGACUCUAAGGAGAAGCCCCCCGGUGAGCGAGUCUGCGCCUGGUUCGCAACCGGGAGGAGGAGCGGGGCUGCCGGAUACCAUAGAUUGAAGAGAAGAGAGGAAAAGUGAUUCCACUUUGCCUAACUUGACAGUGAUUUCUUUGGUUUUACUAAGCCUGUCUCUGCUGAGAUGCCAGAUAAAACACCAGGUGGUACUGAGCCUGUCCCCAGGAGUGAAGAUGACUUCCACUUACCUCUAGAUGUUUUACCAGCUGUGACGGAGGCCCUUGACUCCAAGACAAAAGGAGAAGAUCUGCACAAGGAGAGCAGACCUUUCCGCUGCUGUGAAAAAAAAACCAUGGACCUGUCAGACAGUGACCGUCCCGUCAGCUUUAGCUCCACUUCCUCCUCUGCUUCCUCCAGGGACAGCCACUGUUCCUUUGGAAGCAGGAUGACAUUAGUUUCAAACAGCCACUUGGGCCUAUUUAACCAGGAAAAAGAAACAGGAGCCAUCAAGUUAGAAUUAGUCCCAGCCAGAAGGUUUUCCAGCAACAAACCACGCAAGAACACCCCUGCAGAGCACGAGGAUCCCGAGGAGAGCCUUGAAAAAAAGCUAAGCACUCCAAGGAAGGCAGAACCAAAAGGAGCAGGCAAAAACUGUGCAAUGUCCCUCGUGACAGAGCCCACCAGUCCCAAGCUCCUCUACGUAGACAGAGUUGUCCAAGAGAUCCUGGAGACAGAGAGGAUGUAUGUACAGGAUCUGAAAAGCAUUGUGAAGGAUUACCUUGAUUGUAUCACUGACCAAUCCAAACUGCCACUGGGGACCGAAGAGCGAUCAGCCCUGUUUGGAAACAUACGAGAUAUCUACCGUUUCAACAGUGAACUUCUGCAAGAUUUGGAAAACUGUGAAAAUGAUCCUGUGGCUAUAGCAGACUGUUUCGUGUCCAAAAGUGAAGAUUUCCAUAUAUAUACACAGUACUGCACCAACUAUCCAAGGUCAGUGGCUGUGUUGACAGAAUGCAUGAGGAACAAGACAUUGGCCAAGUUCUUCAGAGAACGGCAAGAAGCACUGCAGCAUUCCUUGCCCUUGGGCUCCUAUCUCUUGAAACCUGUCCAGCGAAUUCUGAAGUAUCACCUACUCUUGCACGAGAUAGAAAAUCACCUUGACAAGGACACUGAGGGCUAUGAUGUGGUGCUGGAUGCCAUAGAUACAAUGCAAAGAGUGGCAUGGCACAUAAAUGACAUGAAGAGGAAACAUGAACAUGCCAUCAGGCUUCAGGAGAUACAGAGUUUGCUCACCAACUGGAAAGGGCCAGAUCUCACUAGUUACGGGGAGCUGGUUCUAGAGGGAACGUUUCGCAUUCAGCGAGCCAAAAAUGAGCGCACGCUGUUCCUCUUUGACAAGCUGCUGCUAAUCACGAAAAAGAGAGAUGAAAUGUUUGCAUACAAAGCUCACAUCCUGUGUGGGAAUCUUAUGCUGGUUGAAGUAAUACCGAAGGAACCACUCAGCUUCAGUGUCUUCCACUAUAAAAAUCCCAAGAUGCAGCAUACUGUCCAGGCAAAAUCACAGCAAGACAAACGGCUUUGGAUUCUUCACUUGAAGAGGUUAAUUCUAGAAAAUCAUCCUGCUAAAAUUCCUGCCAAGGCCAAACAGGCAAUUCUAGAAAUGGAUGCCAUACAUCACCCAGGAUUCCAUUAUAGCCCCGAGGGAGAAACAAAAUCAUCGUACCAGGUUAAAGAAGGCACUACUCAACAGAGAGUGAGAAGGAAAUCAGAACCCUCAUCCAGAGUCCAUAAAGUUUUGAAGUCAAAUGAUAUAAGCCCAGAUAUGCAGAAGCGGAUCUGUAUUGAAGGAGCCCUGUUAUCUCAAGCCACCAAACUAGGAUCAAAUGAAUCCCUGCUGAAUUCUAGGAAAAAGGGUUCAUUGGAAUCCAGUGGGCUAGAGAGCCAAUUUCAAGGGUCCACUGAGCCAGCCUACAACAGUGAUCAGGAUGAAAAUCUCCAGACAUCUGCUGCAGAACAGGUUGAUGCUGACGAUGAAGAAGAAUCUGAACAGGGAAUGCAACAAAAUUCACUACAGAAAUCAAAAGGAGGAAGGAAAAGACUUAACAGUCAAGCUGCUGAAAAUGUUGAAAAAAGGAGAAGUGUGAAUCUCAACAAGUGUGAAAUGCAGAGCUCCAAGGAUCCUUCAGAUGAAGAGUCAAGCCAGCUGAAUACUGAUCUCCCAUUUUCCUGUUCAGCUAGACAGUCGCAGUCACCCAGACAGUUCAACACACCCCAGAACAACUCACUGAUCAUGAAUAUCCUGGGGGGAACCACCUCUGUCAGAAACAUCUGGACAGACCACCAAAUCAGGCAGGCAUUGUUUCCCAGCCGGCGUCCACCUUAUGAGAAUGAAGAUGAUGAUGAUGAUUAUCAGAUGUUUAUGCCAUCGAUGUCUACAUCCAACACUGGUUCAGCUGUUAGUGGAGAAAGGAGGAGUCACUCCGAUCGGCCGUGCAGCUGGCACCUGGGGGUAGUGCAUCAAAAUGAAACUCCUAGCUCCAAUCGUCAUAAAAUCGUUCGAAGGGCCAGUAGUGCUGGUGAGAGCAACACAUGUCCAACCAUCACCAGAUGUAAGAUCAGUGAGCGCAGUUCUCGAAGGGAUGUGAAAAGAACAGAGGUGAACAGUAUGAAUGCAUAUCCUGAAUCUUCAGAGGAGCUGACCAUUGAUGAUAUUGAACAUGUUUAUGACAAUAUAAGCUACGAAGACUUGAAGCUGAUGGGUCUGACAAGAAGGGAAGAAACACACCCUGGUCCCCAGAGAUCUGCUAGAGACUCUCUUUAUGAGGAGGAAAAUAAAAGCAGCUUAAAUUCACCCUCCAAAAAGAGGACAGCAAGUCAAAGCAGAGCCUCCCUUCAUGCUAGCAGGGAUGAGAUCCUACUUGGUAGAGAAGCACCUGCUUCAAGUUUGGAUGAGCUCAGGAUUGUUGAAGAUAACAUCUAUGACACCAUUGUGCUUCCAGAAACACCACUAUUGAAAUUUAAACAUGAUCCCUUAAAAUGUUCUAAAAAGCGGAGUUUUCUGGGCAUGGAAAAAGAUGUGACAUGUUCUGACAAUCUACAGCAGUUUGUUUCUGAAGAGAGUCUCCAGUUCAGUGAAGAUGAGAGUCCUUACCAUCGUCUUCCCAUUGACAAUGACUAUCUGAGCUUAGUAGAUAGCUCUUCCAAUUCUGACUCGCUGUCCCAUAAGUCUGCAGCAGAUAAACUCUCAGAGGAAGUAGAUGAGAUCUGGAAUGACCUGGAAAACUACAUCAAGAAGAAUCAGGAAAAGACAAGAGAUCGGCAUCUUGCAGCCUUUCCUGUUUGUAAAGAUGAUAUACAGGAAAGGCUGCAUGCUGGUAGUACACCCGAACUGAGUAAAGAUGUAGAGUACUCAUUGUCUACUCUCUCUCUUCCAGAAACUCCUAUUUUCCCUAAAACUGUGAAACCCAGGGCUGCCACCAUAAGUGAGGCUAGUCUCAGGCUUGAAGACACCAUGGCAUGCAAGGAAAGCUCUUUAGCAAGUCUGAACAGAUCUUCCUUCUCGGGUGAGGUGCCAUUUGUGGAUAGCCCAUACGAAUCUGCCAAUAGUAUUCUGUCCAGUGCACAUACAGAGUGCAUGGAAAAUGACCUGGCUAUUGUGGAUAAAACGAAGAACAGAGUUUUUAUGAUGGCAAGGCAAUACAGUCAGAAAAUUAAGAAAGCUAACCAGCUUUUGAAGGUUAAAACUCCUGAGCAGGAGCAGCCAGCUAGCAGACAACAGAAAAUGAAGCACAAAGAUCUUGCUGCUAUUCUGGAGGAGAAGAAACAAGGUGGUCCUGCUAUCGGUGCCAGGAUAGCUGAGUACUCCCAGCUUUAUGACCAGAUUGUCUUCAGAGACAGCUCACCCAAGGUCCAAAAGGAAGCCUGGGCCAGCCCUCAGGAGCCCUCAGCUGUGAGGUUUUCCACACCUCUGGCUAGCACUCUUCCCUGUGCCCAGGUCACUGGUGAGUGCUCCAGAGCAGAGGAUUGGCUUUUGCACUCUACCUACAGCAAUGGUGAGUUGGCUGACUUUUCUCCAUGGCCAGAAUCCCAAGACGCAAAGUCCAAGAGCUCAUAUGCAGAAGCUGUGACAAAAAACAGUCCCAGACAGCUGCCGUCGGCCUGCUCAGUGCCUUCCCUUCAGAUUUCUAACCGCUUGCAUGUCCCAGCGCAGAGGUGGAGUGCAAUUAUCAGCCAACCUAACAAAGAAAACUUACACCAAGAUCAUAUCUAUAACUCCCUUGGGAGAAGAGUGAGCAGCAUCAAACCACAGACAUACAGUAGGUCACAGUCAUCUUCUUCGAUUGUGGUCAAUAGAUCUGGAGAAUCAAUUGUAUAUCCUAAUGAAGCAGACAAGAAAACGCUUCAUUCCGAUAGGAACUUCCGUCUCAAUGGCCAUCAAGCGCUGGGUAUUGCUUCAACCUGUACAGGGCCUGAUAUGAGGAAGCAGGUCCCUGAGAACUAUUCGGAUAUGAUUUUGCAGGAUUCUCAAAAAGUCCUGAGAGUAAACAGGCCCUCCCCUCUGACUGCACAGAUGGCAACUCAGAACUAUUUUUCUAAUUUCAAAGACACUGAAGAGGGGGAAGGGGAUGAUGAUGACUAUGUUGAAAUAAGGUCUGAAGAUGAGGGGUCUGAUGUGGAGGCUUCUCAGAACCAAACAAGGAAACUCGAUCCUAAAUUGCACAACACGGACACUGAUCCUUCUGAAACUCUCUGCGGCAAAACUGUGUCUUGUACUCCUGCAAAGCCCACUGGCAGCAAACACACGCUUACCCCAUAUCUGACUGCAUACAGUGAUUCAGAUAAACUGAAUGACUACCUGUGGAGAGUGCCAUCUCCCAACCAGCAGAAUAUUGUCCAGUCUUUACGGGAAAAGUUUCAGUGUCUUAGUUCCAGUAGCUUUGCUUGAUGCUUUCAGUGAUCUCUAGCUGUACUGCCUUAACAUGAAGAGUAUAUACUGGGACAAUCAGUACUGGCAUUAUGUAUUUCUGUAUUAUUACACUAUCAGGCAUUGUAUCACAGUAAUAUUGUAAAUAGAUUUUUUUUAAUGGUUUAGAAUCCUGGAAGUUAAAAGGCUACGUGUGCACUGUCUGCUGUCUUGCUCCAUAAUGCAGGUGGACUUAUGAUCCCAUAUGGAGCCUCUGUAUCUUUCUUCUGCACAGCUCAGUUUCUUGCUAGGUGUGAUACCUUUUUUUUUUUUUUUUUUUUUAAGCUGUCUAACCCAGAUUUGACACUGAUUCUUAAGCCAUGUUACCACGUGGGAACCUUAGCAUUUGAACUUCUGAGUUGUGACCAGUUCUGUUCUUACAAUGACUCUGUUUGCACAUGGCUACAUCCAUAAAUGUGCAAACUUCUAAGCCAGGUUCUGGUAAUGAUGGCAUCAUGCUAUAUGUGCAGUUGCACAAAGCUGCUGCACAUUACUUCUCAAAAAGAGAGAUUCCAAGUCUACAGGACCAAUACAUGAGUUACCAAAUAUACUAUGUUGAUUUAGAACAGACUUCUUAUGUUUUAAGCAGAACCUAGUCCUAGUACUUAUGAGAGAUGCUGAUAGCUGUGUCUGGAGCCUUUCUACUUGCUGUGGCUGCACAGUUGGCAGAGAAUGGGCAGAGGCAUCUUUUUAUGUGAAUCUGUCAAUGUGAGAUCAUCCUUGUCUGGAGGGUAUUUGGGACAGCAGAAGGGAAUUCUGCUGCUUAUGUAGAUGAGUGCUAGCUUUGUGCCUGUAGUGUAUGGGACAUGCAGACUAAAUCAGAGCCCAGCAGUGGAAAGCCACUGCAUGUGGCUUGGUCAAGUGCAAUUGAUACACAGUGAUCUGGAGGUUUCUCACAUCCCAUGUCAGUAACCCUGAGAGAGAAUGGGACUUGUGUGUGUGCUUGGGUGAAACAUGCUGAGCUCAGGCUGUGGACUGUUUCUACAGUAGUGCUGGCUGAGGUACAGGCUGCUUCCUCCAGGGCAGGGUGGGGUGAAAGAGGCAUCUUCAGAACAAGGUGGGCUGAAUAUAAUUCAGUGUCUAUAUAAGAAGUUGAAACAUGAGAACGUAUUCCAUUCUUUUGCAAAUAAUGUACAGAGUAAACACUCCCAUUUACAACAAGAAUAGACUUUCCAUUGUGAUGCACAUUUACUCUGUUUUGUCAUGGUUGCACAGCUUUGGAUUCUGUUACUUGAAAACAAUGUACCAAGAAGAAAGCCUCAGUAUGUCUACACUGACCAUCCUGUGUGAUUGCUAUUCUGUUUUGGUGCUUAAGUUCUUCAGAUGAUGCAGAUAAAGCCAGUACCAAGUUACACAUAUCAGUAUGUAAAGGAGCUGAAGUACUGUUUUUAUUAACCAUGUAUGGCUCCCCUCAGUUACUGCACUCCCGGACUUGCUGUCUACUUUCUCCAUUGGUUAUCAUGAGCAAAACCCAAAGUUAUCAAUGUACAGCUAAUUACUUGUAGAAUAAGAUUUAAGGACUUGAAUUUCUUAGAAUGGAUUAAAUUAUUUACCAGCUGCAUUGAUUGGUCACUCACUCGUUGCAUGUACCAACUUGUCCAAACCAGCAGCAGUGAUGCUCUGCACAGAUGGAACCACAGCCAGCCUGAUAAAAUUAGCAAUGUACAGAAUUAGGCUGCCGAGAAGUAGUGGAGCCCAUAUUUAUUUAUUAGAGCUUGUAAAGUACUGUAAAUACCCAUAGGAGUUGCAUCUGUACUUUGCCCCCGCACCUCUAUGUUGUUUGGAACUCGCACCUCGUGCAGUGGGUGCAGAUGGGAGGAAAAAAAAAAAAAAAAA